AUGACUUCAACAUAUCGCAUCGAUCUCGCUUCAACAACGGAUGCCGGGCCAAUCACUUCGGCCGAACCUGUCCCGUCCGAACCGCUACUUUUGAAUGGCCCACCCGACGAUGGCCUCCGAUACUAUUCCUGGCUAGACUUGCUCAUGGGGUAUCGAUCGACCCACCUACCCUACAUCUCAUACCCCGAACAAGCACUUCCCGGCCAGGCUAUCAGUGAUGUCCUUCCGAGCAACGUUAUGGUUCCAACCCCUUCAGUAUUGGGUGUUGACGCCAAUCCUGCAAUCAUAACCGGCACCACCGCUAUGCCAGCUUUUGGUCAUAUUGGAUUUGACAAUCCGCUUGCUACGAGAUUGGCCCCGCUUCCAGUCCUCAUCACCAUCGCAACUGUGACCUAUGGCGCAUUGAUGUAUGGCGCAUUCUUGGUGUUGAACAAGCGAGUGGUGGGAAAAAAGCCGAAAUCCAAGCAGAGAGAUACGGCAUGGCAGGAAACAGAGGCGCCAUCCCUCGGCUGUCAUGAAGUUAUAAUGAACGCCACAGCCUCCACGCCAUCAGCGCACGAAAGGGCGUCACUGGGAUGA